CUAACUUCUGCAAUGCUUUGACUAAGGUUGUGUGAUGAGACGCAGAUGGAUGGACAACAACACAUGACGCUCAUCCAACACCAAGUGUCAGUCUGGUUUUGGACUGGCUGAGCUGUGACCAUUGCCAUGCCUGACAUGCAGACCUUUUACCAGCCCUGCCACACCAUUCGUCAGCACCCAGGUCUCUACCUGGACCCCUCCCUGAUGCAGCGACGUGUCCUGGAAGAUCAAAUGGAACUGUGGUGGUUCAGAGAGCCACGCCGCUCCCUGUUGUGCUACUGUGCCUCUGUGACCCUCAUACUGGGGCUGGGCCUCGGUGGCGUGGGCCUCCUCUCCACCACCACCAGCCUGUCCGGGGAGUGGCGCCUCGGGGUGGGCACCAUGCUCUGCCUCUUAGCCCUGGCUGUUCUGCUCAAGCAGCUCCUGAGCUCCGCCAUCCAGGAUAUGAACUGUGUGCGAAGCUGGCGUCGGAUCGACCAGCUGAAGAGCGGCGGGAGGGCUGACCCGGCACUGAUGUUAGCUGUGGGACUGGCAGUGAUGCUCUGUGGGACGGUGCUUCUCUGUGUGGCCACCAUCGGUAGCCAAGCUCAUGACAGCAAGGAGAUGUUGGUGUCUGGCCUGGUGCUGAUGGCUGCUGGGGCGGGCAUGGCUCUAGCUGUAGUGGGCUACAGUGUGCUCAUCUAUCUUAAAAGAAGAAGGGAGCAGAGGAGGAGGAUGAUGAUGAGAAUGAGGAGAGUAAGGAGGCUUGGGAGUCGAACUGUCAGGGUGUUCAAUGUCUCGGGAGGACAGAUGAGCCAGACCAGGAGUGGGACAUUGUCCAGCAGGACCAGCCUGAUCUGAAUGGACUAAAUGGGCAAAAUCACAAACGGAUCAAAGACUCUUUGAAAGCAAAGAUUCGAAUAAUUUGUCUAGCACAUGUACAUUUUGUACCAUUAGCAUAACUACGACAACUGUUGAACAUCAUCAAAAUACCUGUAAUUUGUAAAAGAACAACAGACUGCUGCAUCGCAUGCUUUUACCAGCGGCUCAGCAAUGUGAUGACUGUCUGAAUACAGCACUUUGAUACAUCUGGGUAAUUAUGGUUUAAAAUAAAGACUCGGUAAG